UAUGGGAAACUUUUUGAUGGGAUUGGGAGUCAUUGAUAGUGAUGUCUAUGGGAUCGUCGCCCAAAUUGAGUGCAAUAACAACAGUCCCUCCGUCUGUGCGGACANGUGGCUUAAAAACAACUCAGAAAUAAUUGACGGCGGCUUUAUUAUUGGACAACCCGGUGGCAAACAUUACAAAGCCUACGCCAACUACCUUGUUAAAUUUCUGGACACAUAUAAAGCCAAUGGUAUAUCCGUUUGGGGACUCACUGUAGCCAAUGAGCCGUUAAACGCAUUCAAACCGCACUUUAGAUUUAAUUGUUUAGGUUUUACUCCAGAACUUCAACGAGAUUUCAUAAAAUUAGAUUUGGGGCCAACACUAGAGAAGGCCGGGUAUGGCAUCAAUACUACACAUCUCAUGAUAUACGACGACAACAUAAAGAAACUGCACGACUGGGCGUCAGUCAUAUACGGCGACAAAGAUGCGGCCAAAUACGUGAGUGGAAGUGCUUUCCAUUGGUAUCAGAACCAGAAUAGCAGUGCAGUGAUCGACAUAUUGGAUAAGACACAUGCAGUCAAUCCAAACAAAUACCUGAUGAGUACUGAGGCCUGUGAGGAGUGGAGGGACGGACAGCCAGAGCACGUCCGACUCGGAAGUUGGAGUCUCUUUGAGAGAUACGCCAAAGAUAUUAUAAUUGAUCUAAACCAUUGGUCGAGCGGAUGGGUUGACUGGAACCUGGCGUUGGACACAACCGGUGGCCCGAAUUGGGUCAAGAAUUUUGUCGAUUCACCCGUUAUAGUGAACGCCACGAGUGAGGAGUACUACAAACAGCCGUUUUUCUAUGCUUUGGGACAUUACAGCAAAUUCUUGACUCCCGGUUCUCAACGCGUAUAUCAAUCACACGAUCAAAGUGUGGAUAAAUUGCAAACAACGAGUUUUGUCCGCACAGACGGAGGGACUGUUGUUAUUGCACUCAAUUUGGGCGACGAUCCCAUAGACAUCACUAUCAAUGACUCCCAAUCCCAUCAAAAAGUUUCCCAUACUUUAAGUCCGCGUUCAAUACAAACAUAUCUUUAUUAUAAU